UGCACAGAGAGACACUCCCAGUGUCUGAUUACCUGGGAGCAAUAGGAGACAAACUGUGAGGGCACUCACUAAAACAUAAUGGAUAAAUAUGAGAUUAUUCGGAUGAUUGGAGAAGGAGCGUUUGGUAAAGCAUUUCUUGCAAAAGAAAAAACAGAUAAUGCCCAAUGUGUAAUAAAGGAAGUAAACCUAUCAAAGAUGCCACUGAAAGAAAAGGAAGCGUCACACAAGGAAGUCACUCUAUUGUCUAAGAUGAAGCAUCCAAACAUUGUAACGUUCUUUACUUCAAUUGAAGAAAGGAAUAAACUUUACAUUGUCAUGGAAUAUUGUGAUGGUGGAGAUCUGAUGCACAGAAUAAACAGACAACGACGGGUUCUAUUUGAUGAAGAUCAGAUCCUAAGCUGGUUUGUGCAGAUCUCCUUGGGUUUGAAGCAUAUUCAUGAUCGGAAAGUCCUACACAGAGACAUUAAAGCACAGAACAUCUUUCUCUCCAGUAAUGGGACAGUGGCCAAGCUGGGUGACUUCGGUAUAGCGAGAGUGCUAAACAACACAAUGGAAUUGGCUCGUACUCGUGUAGGAACACCAUAUUAUCUAUCUCCUGAAAUCUGUGACAAUCUACCUUACAAUAACAAGACGGAUAUCUGGUCUUUAGGAUGUGUACUAUAUGAAUUGUGCGCACUAAAGCAUCCCUUUGAAGCACAGAGCUUACAUCAACUGGUGAUAAAGAUCUGCAGAGGUCGUUUUGAACCAAUUUCUUCAAAAUAUUCCUAUGAUUUGAGGGGCCUGAUAGCUCAGCUUUUCAAGAUAUCUCCACGGGAUAGACCGUCUAUAAAUUCAAUAUUAAAGAAGCCAUUACUUGAAAAGAUGAUAAAAAGAUUUUUGAGUCCAGAGCUAAUUCAGGAGGAAUUCAGUCACACAGUAUUACACAAAAAGAAAGCAUUCCCUUCAAAGCACCCCAGAAGUACUCCAUCACCUAAACAGCCACCAGUUGCAAAAGUGGAAAGGCUGAAAAUCCAACCUCAGAGACCUCAGUUAGUGACACCCCCAAGGAGAGAGGCCUUGCCUAGAAAGAAUGAGUCUAAGCCCAUUUCGAAUGCCCAGCACAUGGCAAAGUACUGGGAGCGUAAAUUGGAUGUAGCAGAAAAACCAGCUGCCGCCAGGAUACACGGAAAUUACGGCCAUUAUUAUGCUCAACUGCAGAACAUACAAAAGCAGCCGCAGGGAUUGAAGCCACAGAUUAAUCAGCGACUCGAGGAAUAUUAUAGACAAAAACAAAUCCAAGUUCAAGAUCACUUGCCAGCAGAAUAUUUACAGAGACGAUAUGAAGCCCAGCAAUAUAAGAUAAAGGUUGAGAAGCAGUUGGGCCUACGACCAUCCUCUGCAGAUCACUUUUAUAAACCAAUGCAAGUUCCAAGAGAACUUCAGCCAGAAUUACAACAUGUGAACAGAGCUCCACAAAACCAACACCAACACGAUAAAAAUGAAGAGCAGCAGGAGAUUCCUAGAGUGAUCGAAGCAACAUAUCUGGUAAAGCCAAAGAACAAUGGAAGAGGCCCAACUCCUGGUGAAAAGCCUGAUGGUGCACAGCCCAUGGAGGACAUAGAAAAGUAUUUGAUUCAAAUAUCUGUGCAAAACAGACGUGAAAGAAAAGCUCUGGAGGAAAAGUAUAACAUCAAGGGAGGAGUAAAGUUUGAAAUUGAUUUCCAUGAACCUAUCAAAGAGGAAAGUACCAAAGAACACGAAGAGGAAAAUGAUUUACUCAAUGAUACUUUGACGUUUGAUAAUGGAAAGAAGCUGGAAGACGUCAAUUGGCUCAGGAUGGGCAAAGAUAAUAACGAUCAAGUAUCAGAUGACAAAUUGGUGGACAAUCGCAAACAAUGGAACCCAGGAAUGCCCAGAACAUUACUCCAGUUAUUAGAAGCUGCUGAUGUGUCUAUGUAUGAAACCAAAGCAGAAAUAGAGAAUGCUGACGACCCUCUCGCAAACCGAAAACAGUGGAGACAGAACGCACCUGGGACACUGUUGAAGGCUUUGGCAGAGGCAGAAAUGAAUGAUUCCAUAGUACAAGCUGAAGAUGUUUGUGAUGGGACUCUGAAGCAGUGGACUCCAGCUAAGGAACAAGUAGAUGAGACUGAUACAACAUCAGAGGUUGAUUUGGAUGAAGAGCGCCUAGAACCAAGAUCAGAUGAUGACGACACCAAUUUUGAAGAAUCAGAAGAUGAGCUUCGAGAAGAAGUAAUGGAAUCUAUGGAAAAGGUUUUGAAACACAAAGAGGAUAAUUUAUGUGUAAAGCAGAAGAAUGUAGAUAAGAACGUGGAUGAAGAAGGUACCGGAAAAGCAAAAGAUUCGCACACAGAAGAACCUGCCUUAAAUAAUAAUAAUAAUGUAUCAUCUGAUCCUAUUCCACCUUCUGCAACCAGUGUUUAACAAGAAAAAAAAUUAAAUUGUGGACAUAUUGCUAUUUUUAAAAAUGCUGUGCUCUAUACCCCAUUUCUAAAAGAAUACCUGUAACAUGCUCAAAACACACUGUAAACAAAGCACUGUAUUUCAAUAUACAGCAGUUAUAUUAACACUCAUUGUAGCAAAUCUUUUACUUUACUUUUUUAAAAAAAAUUAAUUAGUUACAUCCUAUUGCCAUAUUUCAGAGAUCUAAGUACAGAAAAAUCAC